AUGAAUGUUUUCAGCCGAUUUUCUCUCGCUCUUCUGAGCACCCAUCUGCUCUUUGCAGCGGGCACCGCCGUUCCUUACCAUCGACACAUUCUCGCCAAACGUUUACCGACAGAUUGGAAGUUGUACAAUGAUUGGAACUACCAACUCGAAAACAACCCUUACUUUUGCGAAGAAUCCGCUGACGGUGAUGUGGGAACCUUCGAUCGAAGCACAAGGACACUCACCUGGGCAACUGAUAGUUGCGGAGAAAUGGUAGCGACUUGGGACAAAGUGCCAAUCGCCAAAGGCGAGGUCUCUGUUUAUAAGGGCACACUCCAGACCAAGAAGAACGGCGAAGUAGAGUCAACGCAGGAUGUGGCUGUCAAACGAGGACUCGCCGAGUCAACCAGCGCGAUUCUCUAUGGAGCCUCCCUACAGAUUGAACUUGGCAACAACGACAACAUUCUUGGAGCUCUUGGAGCCGUCGUUUCUAACGAUGGUGAUGCUGGCAACGCGAUUAUGCCUUACAUCUCGGGCAGCUCACUUGAGCAAAACUUCGGUUCUUUCACAGAUCAAAGUUCAGUCAAUAGCGCAUUCAAGCAAAUUCUCAACGCAGUAUCAGCAGUCCAGAGUGCAGGCAUCAUCCACCGCGACCUCAAGCCGGAGAACUUUCUCCUUGAUGGUAGCACACUGAAGCUUAUCGAUUUUGAUACCGCGAUCAAGGCCACGAGCUCAAGUGCAUUCACCGUUGGUACCCGAACCUAUGCUGCACCAGAAAUUGUCUCUUGGGGAACGAAGUCUGGGAGCAACCCGAACGGAGGUCCUUACAGCAACAAAGUGGAUACAUUCUCGAUCGGAAUGACAUUUUUGGUCAUGUCUGUGACAGAUCUGCAGAACGAAGACAACCGUUUCGAUCUUUGGAGAAAUCUUAUCCAGCCAAAUGGGCAGCUAUGGCCUUCUGCCGAUGAUGUCGCAAGCAUUCUGAAAGGGAAGAACUACGGUGUAUUCAGCGGCAAUGAUAAUCUCCUCAACGUGAUCUCAAAGGCUCUUUGUGAGCCAGAAACUCGAUACGAUCCUCAAAGCUUCCAGUCCGCAUUUGAGGGGGCAAUUUAG